ACUUCCGCCGUUCUGCAAACACAAGACUGGGUGGCGGGAAAUAAAUGAGCAACAACAACAAGAGCAGCGUCAGCCGCUAGAUAGAUAGGGGUAGACAGAUUACUGCAAUCAUCGCAUUUACACGGAGAAUGUCUCGUGUUCUCAACUGCAUUGUGGCUGUGUGCCCAGAUAUGGGGAUUGGAAAUAACGGGAAUCUACCGUGGCAUCCAAAAAGGCUCAAUAACGAAUUCAAAUAUUUUCAGAAGAUGACAAUGACACCGUCUGUUGAAGGUAAGCAGAACGUGGUGAUCAUGGGAAGGAAGACAUGGUUCUCCAUCCCUGAAAGGAACCGUCCACUCAGGAACAGGAUCAACAUCGUCCUCAGCAGAGAGCUCAAGGAGCCUCCUACAGGGGCUCACCACCUGGCCCCAGACUUCAGCUCAGCGCUCCUCCUGCUGGACACAGAGGAGAUGGCAGGCCAGGUUGAUGGGGUGUGGGUGAUCGGAGGCAGCUCUCUGUACAAGGAGACAAUGGAGUAUUCAGGAACGACCAGACUCUUUGUCACCAGGAUCCUACAGCAGUUUGAAAGUGACACAUUCCUCCCCGAAAUCAACCCAGAAAAAUACUGUCUGCUGUUACAGUACCCAGGAGUCCCAGAGGGGGUGCAGGAGGAGAGUGGCCUCCAGUACAGAUAUGAGGUCUACCAGAACACCAAUCCUCCAGUACAGAUAUGAGGUCUACCAGAACACCAAUCCUCCAGUACAGAUAUGAGGUCUAUCAGAACACCAAUCCUCCAGUACAGAUAUGAGGUCUACCAGAACACCCAGAAAGGGUUCUAGUCUACUGCACUGUGACCUAGCCUUCUCUGUAGCUGAUAUCAUGGAAAUGGUUUGAAUGUAACUAACAUUCAGGAAUGUCAAUAUGAAAAAAAAAAAAAUUCUCACCAACGAUAUCAUUUGUAAAUGUUUACACAAAUUAACAAGCUGUGCCCAUAAAGUAACAGAUGAUUACACAAAUUAGAUCUGUAUAAUAAAAUAUAAAUUUCA